CGCGAGGCUCCAGCUAUAGAUGCACAUACCAAUUCCGAAAGCUCGGUCGUCUUCGUGAGAACCAACACGUCCUCGCCUGAAGGUGGCUGAGACCUUCAUCGAAUCCCUCGGCCAGCCGGUCGAACCCACUUCCUGGCCAUUAUCGAGGACCAUCGGGACAGUCGCGAAAGGUAGCAUUGUUCACCUUACAGCUCGAUACCAUCUUGCGACUUGGCUCAAGCCGUCUCUCCCCACCCUUUGAGUUAGACCCUCCAGCACGACAUCCGAAAACCUCUACAAGCCUCUGUUGCGCGUGUACGCAGCCUUUAGCACCCUCGUCCGAUGUCGGUCAGUAGCGCAACAUCAGCAGCAUCGUCCGUUGGUGUCGCGUCGGGUGAGAACCUGGAACGUAGGGUAGACCUUCCUCGCGUCGCAUCGGCCGCGUCUAGCGAGCUGAAUGUAUCGCAGGCAGUGAGUCAACGCUCGGAAGAGUCGUUCAGCGCGUACCUCAACACUUCGACCAGCUCGCCUCGCUCUGGCAUUUCGGACGAGUCUCAAGACCCAUCCGCACGGCUGGCCCAUUCGCAAGGCGAACAAAAGGGGUCGAGCCGAGUAGAUGCGGUUGAUCAACAAGGCUCUCGAAGAGGUAUUGGCAGGACCGAAUCGAACGCGAGCAUUCUCAACAUGCGCAUUCAAGGAACUCGUGUUGCGCCAGCCAUCCGGGACGGACUCUCGGAUGAGCUCCCAGCGCUGUACGAUGGACCGCCUAGCUCUCAAUCCGCCUCCCAGCAGUUGGGCAUGCACUUGAGCAGCGGAUGCGCCCCCGACAGCAUGAUCCAAGCGCAGUCGCAGCAAGGCUCCGAAGCUUCGAAACGCCCGUUUGCUCGAAAUUGGAGCUCCUCGUCAGAAGCGAUGGUGCUGGGUUUUCCGGCGGCUGAUCAGGGUGGACGCAGCAAGCCGGAAACGGCACCCGACAAGGCGUACCCCCAGACUACAAGGCAAUCUCCUGCCGAACGCGCAGCUGUGGAUCGCGACAGCUACCCUUCAGCAGUCGCGCUUCACCGUGGUCCCACUCCUCCUUCUGCCGCCAUAGCUCGAAAUCCGUCAAGCGAGCAGACGGAGUCAUCAACGCGUGAGCCAAGCUUGGCGGAAGAGGAGGAUGAUGAUGAAGAUGACGAAUCGUGCGAUGAGAAUGAGCACCCUGUCACUGGCAAGAGAGGCCCGGGUGGUAGCAAACGACGCCGACGAACAAAGAAGGCCGAGGUGGACACGCUCGCUGCUGUGUACGAGGUCACCCCCUUUCCAGAUCAAUCUAAGCGGAAUGAGCUGGCUGCGCAGCUGCAUAUGACGGUCAAAGCGGUUUCCAUCUGGUUUCAAAAUCGACGUCAAGCGAUGAAGAAGCGUGCUGCUCGGUACGGUGGAGAGGAUGCAUCCACCUUAGCACAAAGCGCGUCUGACCGUGCCGGGCUUUCGAAGCCCGUGAUACCUCGAGCACGCCCGUCCUUGGAUGCAACCCUUCUCUCUAGACCAGUGACGACCCUUCCAGGCUCGCCCGGCACCGAUGACGACAGUCCACGAAAGCCAAGCUGUCGUGCAUUAGACGCAACGGACUCCAGUCAGCCAAGCUUUCCUUCUGCCUCGAAUCGCUGCAUGACGCGCGCUGUUUCUGCGCCUUCAUUACCAGGCCAGGGUCGCGCACCAUUGCGAGACAUCAACGACUUGAUAGCGAACGUGCAAGGUAGGAUCGUCACCAGCACCACCAGCCUUAAAACAGCGCCUUGCGACGUCCUGUCAACAACGACUGAUCAGUCCUCGAAGACGAAGGCAAAAGGCUCUCUGUCCGAUGUUGUCAUCGGCGCGAAAAAGGAUAGUGCUCCGGCCCACACCACCGAGCAUGCUGCGUCGACCGCGGCAUGUGGUGCCGGUCUAGCAAGAAGCAAGCAGGGAUCGCUGAAUGCCAAAUUGCCGCCGUCUUUGGUAGCUUCGCUGCGAGCGCAGGGUAUCUUGCCAGCCAGUCCAAGGCGCGUCUCUCCUGGCAAGCGUCAGAGAUCCCCAAGCGACGAGAUCUGGCGCCGCAUGCUGAGCUCUAGUGCAAGCUCGGACAAUGGCCAAGAAGAGGGACCGAAGAUCCCAGACGAAGAGGAGGAAGCGGCGGAAGAAGAUGAAGAGCGCACUCUUCGCAGAGUUGCGAAUCGCCGAGCCGCCAAGGAGCAGCUCAACGACCUUAGAGCCAAAAACACGUUGAGGCCAGGCAGGCUGAGCCUAACGCGGGCAAUGUCUGGAAGCAUCCGGCCGUCGUCGAACGUCCUUACAAACGGCGCUGGCGCGGUCAAGCCGAGAGCAGUCUCAGACGGACGUACUUCGCUCUCUCGCGAUCUGACACUUAGCGCUCCAGUCGAAGAGAAGAGCACCACCAAUGUCGAGCCACACCCAGCAUCCCGAGUCUCUUCGGUGCAAGCUGCGUCCGCAACGAUCUUGACCGAUCCUACGCGCUCGAGCAGACGACGGGUUCCCUCUCUAGACUACGCCGCGGGCCAUGACCGUGCUGACAUUCCGAGACCGUUGCUCUCGACGGACACGAACUCCGACGCGCGCAGAGACUUGGCUGCUGGACUCGUUGGAUCUUUCUCCGAGGAUGUCUCAGCAAAGAAAGUGCCUCACCGCAAGAGGAAGCCGGCGGCGCAAUACGUCGUUGACGAAAACGGUCUUAAAUGGCGCUUUGUUGAGGAUCAGUACGCACCACGCAAGCGCAGUCGAUUUGCUACGCCCUACGAUUGGAAAGAGGCUCAGCCAGUAGUCGCGCAGAGACAGCCGCUCGUUGUGCCGCACAUGGACAACUCUUCCACGCCCCGCAAACGUUCUAGAGAGGACGACAUCGCAUUGAAGGAAAAUCAGUUGACGGUUUUGCCACGGUCCAUUGCGGCUACGAUGCCAUCCGGCCUUGGACCGGCUUCGGCGCUGACGAGCCACCCAACCCUCUCUGCUGGUUCCACCCUGGAUUCUUCCCGCUUGCCUUCUAUCGCUUGCUUGACGGCGGUCGACACUCUGUUGCAGACUCCCACUCUCCCACCUCUGCGGCCCCCGUCACAUGCAUUACUAGACGGCCGUGCUAAACAAGCAGCGCUGCGGCCAGCACGAGGUGCAGAAGCCCCCAAGCUCGGCAAGCGAAGCAAUGGUCUGGCUCAACCCAGUCUGUCUAUUGAUUCAUUAUUGGGAUCAAGAAUGAGUACCUCCAAUGUUUCCUCGCGCGGACCGCAGCCAUCAGGAGGCACUUUCCGUUUCGAGGCCUCGUCCACGCGUGAUCCUCGAGGAACAGCAUCUCCUUCAGUCUCUCCUGAACGUCCUAUUAGAAACAUUCAACACCCGGUCAACCAGCGGGCGUCACUGUCCGGCUUCCAAGCACCUGCCGGCAUGCCUUGGGGACGCGAGCAGCUCAACACCGUCCAACGCGGUCAUGGGCUGGCUCGCGUUGCGUCCGGUCCAUUGCCGCCCGUCACGUACGCUACUUCCUUUGGCCCAGCCAAGGACGUCGCUGGUAAUAACGUAUCGAUGUUCACCGAGAGCCAGCAGGACGACAGCGGCUUCUACGGCAGCGACAAAGAGGAAGGACAUACACGACGCGCGGUAUUUGCGGACAAGACAAACAGCGCAAAGGCGGGCAAAGGCACACGCGCCCCAAGUCGCAAGGCUGCAGCCCCACUGCGAACUGCUCGACCUACCCUGCGCGGCGUAAGCGGCUCUCCUCGCAAAGACGAAGGCGAUGAACAAGCAGCUCAAAUGUUGCUCGAUCUUGCGGCUCGAGACUAGAUGCCCAUGGAAAAAGACGAGAGCAUCCCGAUGCGUCUGCACAGUGAAAAGCGGCGUUGCCUCCAAGAAGUCUGCCUCAUCUUUUGACCCCUCUGAAAUGAACAUACAAUAUGUUAUGCACCAGGAAAUGGCAUCCGAG